AGAACUUUAGGAGCAAAAACUACCAGACCACAGCCACAUGGCCCGGAAAAUCCACAACAGCUAUCAAUUCCGUCCAUGAAAGCCUUCGACAGUACCUGUGUUAUGUUCUUCUGCAAUCAUGUCCACUCUUGCAUAAGGCCCAAGUUGUUCAAAGGCAGGCACCAAGAAAAUAAAAAAGCAAAAACUGGUGGCAGUACACAGGAGCAGAAAGGUGUAAUGGAAGAGUUGAGUGAGCAGAUCAUUGCGCAACCAGCAGCAAACAAUUGGAAGAACCCAGGGUUCCCAUUCUUCCUGUCACAGUUGAUCCCUAGAACAUUGUCCUCGGACCCAGGCAGCCCUCUUACAGAAGACGAGUAUGAAGUCUUCUUCUCUGCUCUGAGGCCAGAGUGGAAGGCCAGCAUGAUGUGCCAGACCCGGCGCAGCAAAGGCUGCCAGAGCCCGAAAAUCAAGCAACUUGAUGAGUUUGAGAACCAUGGCCAGAUCCCAGAAGGUCCUAUCUGUGCUGACUUGCCCCAGAUCCAGCGUUUCGAGACCUUCUGUCUGUUUGCACAGUUUCGAUGCUUAGAUCAGAAGUUCUACAUCAAGCGGAUCAUGUGUCCUAUUGCGGGUGCUGAAGAAACAACCAGUAUCUCUGCAGAAACAGCCCAAUUGCUGGAUCUCUUGGAAACUUCGGUUAAGCCCACAGAAGAAUCAGCUCCCCACACUGAAGCCCAAGUUUCAUCGCCACCCGAUGGCAAGGAGCUUCUCUCUGACAUUGAUACCCUUUUGAAAUACUCGUUUGCAGUCUCAGGCCAGGAGCCUGAGCCCCAGGAGGACUUCCCCACGGUGACUGCUAGUGAGGGAGUUCUCCAAGCCCCUGUGCAUGAGGAUCACCCCCACCAGCCCAAAGCUAUCUCUGAUACGGAUGCUCAGGAAACUGAGGAGAUAAAAGAGACAGACCAGCCUAUCCCGACAAUCAUCCACCACUCGGAGAGCACAGAUUUCCCCUCAGAGGAAGUGGAAAGCACUGAAGCUGCUGAAGGCACAAGAGAGCUGCAUGUCCAAGAAGACCCUCCAGGGACAGAGUCCAAAGGCAGACUCUUAGAUCUUGAGAAGGAUGAUGCUGUAUUGAUAUUGUGCUUUGCGGUGCUCGAAGACAUCUGUGUCUCCUCAGUGGUUAGCAAGGCCUGGAAAGAAAUGGAGGACAAAAUCUUGGGCUACGGCAGUCUGGUGUGUGACAGCCUUGGCCGACGUCACACUGACCUAUGUCCCAUGUGUGCCUUCUGUUCCCUGAAAAUGGAGCAGUGCCAAAGAGCCUCCGAUCUGAGGCGUGUCCAUUGCGAGAGCAGUGCCAAAUACACUGCCUACAUUAACCCUGGCAUUGGGUCCCAGUACCAGGAUACAGGCACCAAGGUUAGCUCCCCAGAGGUAGAGUACUAUGGGAUGGAUGUCUAUGGAGGCUACAAGGCAGACCACUGGUGCGGACGCUUGGCCACUCACGGCUGUGAUGAUCCCCGUGUUUAUCUGUGGUUGCAAACUGAAUAUUCUUUCUUCCAGCAAGGAGAUUACCCAGACAAGGUCUGUGACUCUGAAAGAGUUGAACACCCCAACUAUUGUGCUUUCAAGAGCCACCAGUGCCUGGAGAACAGCCUCAGCGGACAGAAGGUCCUGCGGCGUGGCUGCUUCAAAAAAGAGACGUACCAUGUUCUGAGUGCCGAAGAAGGGAAAGAGGAGGUGCAGCUCUGGAGCCAGAAAUUUUCAAGUUUUUCAGAGGGGUGAAUGCAGGCAUGACUGCCGAGGAGCAAUUUUCCACAGGGAAAAUGGGAAGGGGAAAGAAGGACAGAGAAAACAGCAUCACCAUCACCUCUCCAGAUAGAACUCUUCUCUGGCAUGCUCGACAUAACCUGCCUUCUGUGGCUGAAAUACCAUCGCCUCUUCUCCCCAUUCGGCAUCAGGAGUGGCUCCAUCGUUAUUUGUGCUGCUGUGAAAUCAGUCUCACAGGUAAAUGUGUCUUCUCUCCAGCAAAACUGCUUGUAUUGAAUACUUGUGGCUCUUUCAGUUUGGAUAAACUCAACAAGAGAGAAGGCUUUUGCUGAGGAAUCACAGUUUCUCCCCCCAUGACCAUUUGAUACCCAUCAAUGCUAGCUUGAUAUGCUUUGUAUUUCUUUUCAUAAAGAGUUUUUUCAGCCCCCAA